AUGGACGUCACGUCGAAGGCAUACGCACCCUCGUGGACCUUUACGGUCGUCUCUUGGAUGCUUUUUUGCACGCCGAGAUCGUACUUGACCCGCCUGGAGGGGGCCUGGCUGGAUGAUACGGUGAACACACAGAUGUGGCGCAAUUUCAUGGGGGAGGUUCAGGAGGACUGGAUGGAUUCUAUCACUCCAACUGCCGUCAUCCUCUCGGCCAACGUCGGCUUUCUUGCGAUCCAGAGUGUCGACGGAAGCGGCUUCGCGGACUCCACGCGCUCUGUAGGCCAGGUCAUCAGCUACAUCUCGACGCUCCUUAGCAUCGGCAACAUCAUCGCUUGCACGAUUCUAGUGCGGCAGCACAGAUCAGCGUCAGCCUUCCGGGACAAUGAGAUGCUGGAAUAUCUCUUGAAACGGGCGGGAACGCGUGGGCAGGGACAGCGUCUCGCUGUCAUUCUCAGCAUACCCACUGCACUCUUCAUCUGGGCGUGA